AUGGAUUAUAUUGUGGUUUCGGACGAGGAAGAUGAUGAAAUAGAUAAUCUUGAACUUCUUAAUGCUAUCGAACAAUUUGAAAAAAAUCAAAGUUCAAUUAUUGAAAGUAAUGAAAAUGAUGAAUUAAUCGCUAUUGAAUUAGAAAUAUCGGAAAUCGAUGUAGAAAUAAAUCGUCUUCGUCAUAAACGUUGUCAAUUAGUUGAACGACAAAAAAAAUUAAAAGAUUCUAUGAAACAAAAUCAACAAUCAACAUUAAAUACUAAUUUAGUUGAACAAUGGCAACGGACAGAUUUUUCAUGGAGUUCAACUGUAGAUAAAAUUCGUACAGAAAUUUUUAAAAUAAAUUCAUUUCGACAAUGGCAACUUGAAACUAUUAAUGUUACAUUAUCUGGUCAUGAUUGUAUAUUAAUCAUGCCAACUGGUGGUGGAAAAUCAUUAUGUUAUCAAUUGCCAGCUGUCGUCUCUGAUGGUAUAACAAUUGUUGUAUCACCAUUACUAUCUCUUGUUGAAGAUCAAAUAUAUGCAUUACGAAAUUUAAAUAUUGAUGCACGUUCAUUAAAUACAUCAACACCACGUAAUGAACAAACAGAAAUUAUGCGUAUACUUGAUGGAAAAAAUAUAACAGAUUCAACAUUAAAAAUUCUUUACUUAACACCAGAAAAAAUUGCUAAAAGUAAAACAAUAAUGUCAAAAUUACAAAAACUUUAUGAAACAAAAAGAUUUGCAAGAUUAAUUGUUGAUGAAGUUCAUUGUGUUUCACAAUUUGGACAUGAUUUUCGACCAGAUUAUAAAUAUUUAUCAAUAUUUAAACGACAAUUUCCAAAUGUAUCAAUAUUAGGUUUAACAGCAACAGCAACAAUAAAAGUUAUAAUUGAUGUACGACAAAUACUUAAAAUUCCACAUUGUAUUUUGUUUCGAGCACCAUUUAAUCGAAAAAAUCUUUUCUAUGAAGUAUUACAUAAAUCAGAUGUUGGAAAAGAUGCUCUUACUGAUCUUGUACAUUGUAUUCAAAAUCGAUUUGAUAAAAAAUCAGGUAUUGUUUAUUGUUUAUCACAAAAAGAUGCAGAAGAUGUUUGUUUUGAAUUACAAAGAAAUUCCAUUAAGGCUGGUUGUUAUCAUGCUGGACUCUCAGCUCUUUCUCGUACUCAAGUUCAUGAAAAAUGGCUUAAAAAUCAAGUUCAUGUUAUAUGUGCAACAAUAGCUUUCGGAAUGGGUAUUGAUAAACCUGAUGUACGUUUUGUUAUUCAUCAUUCAUUAAGUAAAUCUAUUGAAAACUUUUAUCAAGAAAGUGGUCGAGCUGGUCGUGAUGAUCAACAAUCAUAUUGUAUUCUUUUCUUUCGAUUUGGUGAUGUAUUUCGUUUAGCACCAAUGGCAUUUUCAGAUAAAUCAGGUAAUGGUCUUACAAAUCUUUAUUCAAUGAUAUCAUAUUGUUUAAAUGAAUCUGAAUGUCGUCGAAAAUUAAUUGCUAAACAUUUUGAUGAAGUAUGGUUAUCAAAUGAUUGUAAUGAAAUGUGUGAUGUAUGUACACGACCAUCAACAUAUAUAACAAAAAAAAAUUGUCGUCAAGAAGCAUCAAUUAUAAUUGAUUAUUUAGAAAAUAAUAAAAAACAACGUUUAACACCAUUAAAAUUAAUUGAACAAUUAACAAUAAAAACAAUGAUAAAAAUUGAUAUUCAACGACUUAUUUUACAAUUAAUUAUUGAUCAAUAUUUAAAAGAAGAUUUUCAUUUUACACCAUAUAACACUGUUUGUUAUGUGAUACCAGGACCAAAAGCUUCAUAUGUUUAUGAUAAUGAUUGUGAAAUUAUGUUAGAUAUGAUGGAAAGUACAAAAAAACGAUCAUCAAAUACAAUAAAAAAUGAUGAAAAAAAAAUUAUUAAAAAGACCUCUAUAACAACAUUAACACAUCCCGAGCCACGACCUAAAUUACGAUGGGCUACUAAUAUAGAACCAAGACUUAAACUUAGUUCCGGAAAAAAACGAACAUUACAAUAUGAUGAUGAUGAUGAUAAAGAUAAUAUGGAACAAACUGAAAAUACUCCAUUAUCAAAACGACAAUCUCCUUUAAUAAAUAAUGAUAAUGAACCAAUAAUAUCUAAUCAACAAUCCGUAAUUGACGAUGAAGAACUUGAUUUCUUAUAA